GGUGCUGUCCCGUUCAACUAAAAGUAAGUUAAAGAGUUGGGCUUCAAGGUUCCUGGUCCAGUCCCCUCCCCAUCCCUUGCUCCAGCCAGGUCCCGUCUUUUGGAAGGUCCACGGGAGCGGACCCCUCCCCACUUUUGUAUUCCUUUUCCUCCACCAUUGCAUCGGUGACCAACAACCUGACCACCUUGGCCUCGCUCCCACAGCCCGUUGCGCCAGCCUGACCCAAACCACCACUUUUCGAUCCCGCUCAUUCAGGUUUCUCUCACUGACCUGCCAACUUCAGUUCCUUUACACAACCAGGAGUUGACCGUAUUGCACGCGACACAAUCGCGACAAGCAGCUCUUCAAUCAAUCAUACCAGCAACAUGUCGUCUGUGGUGAACGAGGGGGAGAAGCCCCAAGAGGCCGCUCAGGAGCAACAGGAGGAGCAGCAGCAGCAGCAGCAGCAGCAAGAGCAGCAAAACGCGGGAGACGAUGUCAACGAUGAUGAGGAGGAGAUCUCGGCCAUGAAGCGCCGUGUCGCCGAGAUGGAAGAGGAGGCUGCCAAACUCCGCGAGAUGCAAGCUAGUCUGGACCAACAGCAUCAUGAGCUCACCGAGAACAAGGAGGAUAUCGACAGUCGGAGCAUCUUUGUCGGAAACGUCGACUAUUCGGCUUCGCCUGAGGAGAUCCAGGCGCACUUCCAGAGCUGCGGGUCCAUCAACCGUGUCACCAUUCUCCUCGACAAGUUUACCGGUCAACCCAAGGGUUACGCGUAUGUCGAGUUUACCGAGCCUAGCCUGGUCGCACAAGCCCUUGUUCUCAACGAGAGUGUCUUCAAGGGCCGCAACAUCAAGGUCGUCCCCAAGCGCACGAAUAUUCCCGGCAUGUCGCGCGGCGGUCGCGGCGGUCGAGGUUCCUUCCGCGGAGGCGGUCGCGGGGGCUAUUUCGGUGGACGGGGCGGUUUCCCUCCUAGGGGAGGCUACCGUGGCGGCUACCGUGGACGCGGCCGAGGAGGCUACGCUCCUUACUAGUUUUUUUUGGUGGUGGUCUGACAUACGGCACAUGAUCCCGCAUCCAUCAGGACAAUCAGAGCCGUAUGCGGCCCCUCUCUGACAUCCGCAGACACUACCUGGAAUUGUGAAGAUGGGCUCGAUCUCAUCUGAGCUGGUAUCACUAUCAGGCAACCCGGUGUACGUGUUGCUCAUGAUUCAUGGGAACGUUUUUUUUUCUCCCUUUGAUGGCUGUAAGAUUAGGAUAUAUCAGCAGGGAAGAGGAGGACACUUGAAUGGUGGAGGAAGGGAAGGGUUCGUUGUCUUGGCCUGUUUUUGCACCAUGGGAGCAAUGGGAUUUUCAAAGUUUUCAUUUUGGCUGCGCGUAUCGGCAAGGCGUCAAUGGGUGGGAGGGUAAAACGAAGGAAAACGCCAAUUCCAUAUGCUCUUUUAUUUCUUCUUCGUUUAUUCAUGUCACGUUCAAUUUUUGUAUUUGAUAUUUGGCAUAAGCGCCGCCUACUACUUUUCGGUUCGACAUUUGCUACGGCUAUGUCUGCUCAGGGGAAUCAUCAGCGAAGUUGCUUAAUAUGGGCUGUCUGUUACCGCUAGCCAUCACCACAUAAUGACUAGCUUUGGCAACAAUUGAAGCUAUCACUUGACACUUCAAUCUGCGAACAUGUGCUCGAAUUAGCGUAGCGAUGAUACUUUAUUCACACCGCUAUUGUUGUUCCGACACUAAAAACAAAGAAAGAGAAAAAAAAGAGUCCACGGAUCGUCAGAUGCCAGGUGCCGCCGCCUUCGCCGCGAACCUCCAUGUCAACAUUUUCCACCGAAAUUGAACGACUCCAAUAUACAAAGGGCAUGCAAAUGACAACUCAACAGACACCUGCGCAAGACAUCUUUGCUCCGACAAGACCG